UAGCAAAGUGGUAUGUCCCAAGUCCCGAUCCGCCCUCUUCUGUGUGUACGCGGCGAUGGAAUGAGAAGCCAUCUUGGCUCACCACAGCGCGGCAAGGGCGGCGUUCACGCGCAGCGGUUUUGAGCCACAAUGAACGCCGGUGUACUCCAGUUUCACAUUAAUGAUUCUGUUCUCCCAACAAGAGUUGCUAGGAUGCAAACAUCAUUAUAGGCGCUACAGCCCCCUGUCUGCACACUGACUCAUGUCACCUACAGAUUAGUGUUCACUUGCGCUCAGUCAAACGGUUUAUCGAUGUCAGCGCUUAAAAAUGACACAGACGCACUGAUUUGUGUGUUUAUUUAUUUAUUAUUAUUUAACAUUAUAUAAUGGCGACGGAAUGCACGCAAGAAUCCGUUCUGGACUUUCUAUUAGAAAAUGGGGGGCGUGUGAAAAACAAAGUGUUGAUCGAGCAUUUUAAAGUCUUUCUGAGCAGCGACAAUCCUAAGAGGACGUUGUUCAAAGAGAGAUUUAAGCGAUUUAUUGACAAUAUCGCGUAUGUCAAACAGGAGGAUGGAGAGAAAGUGGUGUGUUUGAAGAAAAAAUACAGAGAGACGCGGAGGGGACGCGCGCUGGAUGGCGAUGAAGACAUCAGCAGAGGAAUAAACGCGUUACAGUUUAAGGAAAACGUCAGUGUUGAUGAAGAAAUACACGGAAAAUGCCACGUGAAUAAGAAAUCUGAGGCGUCGGAUGAGAAUAUGAUCGUCGCUGAAUCUGAAACGCCCGACGCGUUGUUGUGCAUUUCAGACAUCGCAUUGAUCGAGAAAAACGAUUCGCAGGAGAACUUCAAUGACCCAGAAUCAAAUGAUCCGGAGCUCUCCGAUAGACAGGCAACUGGAAAACGGGAAUGUGGUGCAGGAGAAGCUCCUCACGCCUCCAGGAGCGUCCCGAUCCGACGGAGAUCAUCGAGAGGAUCUCAGCGCAGUUUGCUGGCCUCCUCUGAAGAUGCUGCUCAUGUCGGACACUGUGAUGGGUUGGGCACGGACGCCACCCCGAAAGGCAGCCGUAAGACCUUCAUUGAGCUCAUGAAGAGCAGUUCUCCACAGGUGAGACGUUCACUGAUACAUCUCGAUCACAUCUCAUCCAGACACUGCGACUUCAUCUCGUCCUCAGUGGAUGAGGAUUGUGCCUGUGUAACCUUAGACCCUGUUGAGCACGAGUGGAUGGUGUGCGCAGCAGAUGGUGAAUGGGGCACCCUCCAGCGUUUGCUCGGCUGUGAACCCUCGCUCAUCCUGAAGAAGGACUUCAUCACCGGGUUCACCUGUCUGCAUUGGGCGGCCAAGCAGGGCAAACACGAGCUGUUGGCCAUGCUGGUGAAUUUCGCCAAACAGCACAACGUUGUCAUCAACAUGAACGUGCGCUCCAGUGCCGGAUACACCCCUCUACACCUGGCCGCCAUGCACAACCAGAUAGAGGUCAUGAAGCUCCUGGUGGGGGCUUACGACGUUGAUGUGGAUGUGAGGGAUUACAGCGGGAAGAAAGCAGCCCAGUACCUCCGAGCCACGGUCACUGGAGACAUCAAGGACAUCAUAGGGGCUUGUGAGAACUCGGAUGCGGAGAAUGCACCUGGUGCCGGCCGAUGGUGGUUUCCUAAAGUCCUACCGUCCAACCUGAACCCGCUGCGCUUAUUAAACUCCCUGGAGGACACGUCAACGGAUGGGCAGCCGAAGGCCCGGGGACUGUACCGCAGGUCGUCCAUCGGCCGUAUCAGAAUCCAGAGGAACAGAUUUAAGACACAGAUUGUCCACAGCACUUCAUUCCGAGAGAAUGAUGAGAGAGAAGAUUCACUCAAGAGUCCUGUCAAAUCAAGGCCAUUGUCAAAUCUCUUCGGUUGAAGGAGAACUUUUGCCAUCAACGUAGAUUUUGUAACAUCCAUAUGAAAAAAAUACUGUAGUAUUUACUAGCAAACUCCAGUUAAAUACCUCGACACUAUAGUAGUGUUUUGAAACUUAUCACACAGCAUUUACUACAGUUUAUCACUUUGAUAUACUCUAGUUAAUACAACAGGAUACAGUAGUAGCUUGUACAGUACAAAGUGACCAUUGUUUCACAAUUUACUGCAAGUUGCUACAGUUUACUCCCUACUGAAAAAUCCAGCUAAAAUCAGCAUAAGCUUGUAGCUGGUUUAAGGUGGCUUAAAAAGUGACCAAAACACAGCUAAACCAGCUUGCUACACCAGCAAAACCAGCUCACUAGCUUAUGCUUUUUUUCAGUAGGGAUAGUAAAUAUUAAAGUAUACUAUAGUGUUUUUAAUAAUUACAUGCGUUAUAUAUAUAUUAUAACCUAUGCAAAUAUUUUAUGUGGUACUAUGACACUAAACAAUUCACUGAGAUACAGGAACCAUUUGGGAGAAUUAGUAGAAAUGCUGCCAUUAUUUACAAACCCUCAUGACAAAGGUGCAGUGUGAGGAUUCUUAUUUAUUUAUAAAGAUUUCUAAUAGUUCAUAACUUAGGGCUGGGCGAUAUUGAACAAAAUUCAUAUCUCAGUCAUUUUAGACUGAAUGAUGUCGUACGGUAAAUAUCUCAGUAUUUUGUGGGAAUAAAUGUUUACAUGUAAGUCAAAGCCUCCUGUGAGACAAUCACCUUUAAUAACACAGCGUAUGAUGAAUUCAUAGACAUGGGUUUCCUCGGUGUUUAAAAAUAUACAUCUGAACAACAUGCUUACGUCUGACCUGACAGAGCUUCUGUUUUAAAGAAGAAGGCAGCUCAUAUAACACAAUAAUAAUAUGGACACUAUUGUAUCAUCCCGUAUCCAACUGGGAAAAAAAGACUGAUAUAUUACCCAAGCCUAAUAUAUUGAACCGCCCAGCCCUAUUGCAUAACUCUUAUGGUGGCUUUUGUGAAACUUGUAGGCUGCUUUUAUUUUUUGUCUAGAUUUUUCCCUAUUUCAUUUCACAGAAACGACAGCACAGAGAUUAAGCAGUAAUCUUUAGUUCUGUCUGAAUGACUGCACCCUAUAAGUGUUCACAUUAUGGUGCAUCUUUAUUAUCUUCAAAAAAGAAAUGAUGUAUAUGAAUAUAAAUUGUUUAGAUUAUUUCAUAGCCAGUCUUGGCCACACUGAUGCACUUUUUAAUUUAAUUAUUUUUAACUUAACAGUUCAAAUUUCUCUGUAGCAUGUUAUUUUCUCCUGGUUCAGACUUUUAAUGACUGUCUUCCAGAUCUUGAAACAUUAAUCAUGACUGUUAUUAUCCUAUAAAUGUGAACAUGUAUAGCUGCUGGUUCAUAUAGUUUUAACAGAUACAUUAAUUUAGGCACUUUUAGGCUAUUAUGACAUGUCAAAGUGAAUGAAAAGUGUCUGUCUUAUAUAUGCCUAGAAUACAUGAAUCCCAAAUCACUGUGUUUUAAUUAUUUAAAGUGCCUUUUUAACAAUAAAGAAACCAUUGUGAAUAGUGAAAUUUUCCCAAUAAUCACACUUAGAAGAAAAUAUUUUAUAACAUACAUACAUACCCCCAAAAAGUGCUGAAUAAUUGUUAUCUUUUUUAAUAUUUAAAGAUUUUAUUUGUUCCUGUAUACAUUUCUCAAAUUAGUAAUAGAAAUCCUGUUGUAUAGCGACUCCGUCUGUUGUUCUGGGUGGGUAACUCUUACUGUAGGUGUGGUUUUUUUGUUAGGGCUGGGUUGAGUUUUUAAACAGGGAGGAAUAAGGCUUUUGCAUGCAAACAUUUUCCACUUUGUAGAAAAUAUUUAUUGUGUAUCUUCUUCAUUCAUCUUAAAAUGACAGAGAUAUGAUUUUUGGUCAAAAUCACCCAGCCCUACAAUUAGUUCAGAAACAUCACUUGUCUUCUUAACUAAAUGCACAAUUUGACGUGUUUAUUUGCUUACAGUAUGUCUUUAACACAGAUGGUGCAAGAUACACUAGAGACGCUAAGAUGUAUUAUUUAAGUUUAGUGGUUUAAAAAUUAUAUGGGGAGGUUUGACCUGGAAAACAACACAAAUGAUUUGGUGUGAAAUUACUUCAGUUUACUCCCUGUUAUGUGUUCAUGGUUUAUUUGUUUUGACCAUUAUGUUUGAGAUGCAUUAGAGUUUCUCACAAUAUGGUGAACAGAUUUUGUUUUGUAGAACUUGUGUUGUUUGUUUUGGUAUUCUGCUGUACCUGUAGAGAACUUUGGAGUGACUUGCGGGUUAACAGGUUAUGUGUGUGUGUUUGUGUUUUGGGGUUAAGUGAUCUUUCUCAGUCUCUUGGUUAAUUCUGACCAUUAAAAUAAUCCUGUUUAAUCUGAA